AUGGCAUUCACUAAAAGGGUCAGCAGCAGCAGCAACAGCUUGUACAAUGAAGACAGAAACCUGCUUCGAAUUAGAGAGAAGGAAAGACGCAACCAGGAAGCUCACCAAGAGAAAGAGGCGUUUUCUGAAAAGAUUCCCCUUUUUGGAGAGCCCUACAAGACAGAAAAAGGCGAUGAGCUCUCUAGUCGAAUACAGAACAUGCUGGGAAACUAUGAAGAAGUAAAGGAGUUACUCAGUACCAAGUCUCUCACUCAUCACUUGGAUGCUUCUGAGAAUAGGCCAGGAAAGCAGAGGAGCCCUUUGCUUCCCGAGAAGGGGAGCGGCGUCCCACUGCACUCCUUCCACACCCGCGUCCAUCACCAGCCUGGGAGCACUCCCGCCCCUGGACCACUUCCUGUUGGUAACAUGAGCCACCAUCAAAAGGUGACACAGCCAAGAAUGGAACCAAUUCCAAGUCUUCACGUGAAAAGCUAUGGCGCCCCGGACAGCCAGCACCUGGCCCCAGAUCGCCUUGGCCAGGAGGGGUACGGUUCCAGCCAUCGAAGGAACGGUGACCGCAGAGCCGAAGGAGACCACUGUGCUUUGAUGGCAGACUCAGCUCCUCAGAGGGAGCUCUCUCCCCUCCUCUCCUCUCUACCUUCCCCGUUACCCCCUUUGUCACCUCCACAUUCCAACCAGCAAGCUCUUCCCAGGACACAAGGAAGCAGCAAGGUCCACAGCAGUAACAAUAACAACAGUAAAGGCUGCUGCCACGCCAAAUCUCCCAAGGACCUGGCCGUGAAGAUCCGGGACAAAGAGACCCCUAAGGACAGUCUGAUGGCAGUCUCCAGCCUGGGAGUGGCCCCUCCCCAGCCACCUUCUCAGUCUUUCCCCCCGCCCCCCCUCCCCUCCAAGAGCGUUGCAAUGCAGCAGAAGCCCACGGCUUAUGUCCGGCCCAUGGACGGUCAAGAUCAGGCUCCUAGCGAGUCUCCCGAACUGAAACCGCUGCCGGAGGAUUACCGGCAACAGACCUUUGAAAAAACCGACUUAAAAGUGCCUGCCAAAGCUAAGCUCACCAAGCUGAAAAUGCCUUCUCAGUCCGUUGAGCAGACCUACUCCAAUGAAGCCCAUUGUGUUGAAGAGAUUCUGAAGGAAAUGACACAUUCGUGGCCACCUCCUCUGACAGCAAUACAUACGCCCAGUACCGCUGAGCCCUCCAAAUUCCCUUUUCCCACCAAGGAUUCUCAGCACAUCAGUUCUGCAACCCAAAACCAAAAACAAUAUGAUACAUCUUCAAAAACCCGCCCUCAUUCUCAGCAGGGAACAUCCAUGCUUGAAGAUGACCUGCAACUCAGUGACAGUGAGGACAGUGAGAGCGAGCAAACCCCAGAGAAGCCUCCUUCCACAUCUGCACCGCCAAGCGCUCCGCAGUCACUUCCAGAAGCAGCAGCAGCGGCCUCAGCACAUUCCAGUGGUGCGGAGUCAGAGAGCACCAGUGACUCAGACAGCUCCUCGGACUCGGAGAGCGAGAGCAGCUCAAGUGACAGCGAGGAGAAUGAGCCCCAGGACACUCCGGCUCCCGAGCCCGAGCCUCCGACAACAAACAAAUGGCAGCUAGACAACUGGCUGACCAAAGUCAACCAGCCGGCGGCGCCACCAGAGGCCCUGGGGGGUGCGGCGCCCCCACUGCGGCACCCGGACGGGAAGGGCAAGGGCGGUGAGGGUGGCACCACUGGCCACGAGCAUUCAGAACCCAAAGGCCCUGCCCCGAAAAGCUCCGGCAGAGCACCCCGGGCCCCUCCUGAAGGCUCCCACGCUGGCAAGAGGAGCUGUCAGAAGUCCCCUGCCCAACAGGAGCCGCCGCAGAGGCAAACGGUUGGAACCAAACAACCCAAAAAACCUGUCAAGGCCUCUGCCCCGGCAGACUCUCGGGCCAGUGUGCAGGUGGAGAGUGAGCCGGGACUUCCCCACAGCGCCAAGGAUCAGCCUUCCAGAGACAAGCCCAAGGUGAAGACGAAAGGGAGGCCGCGUGCCGGAGACAGAGAGCCCAAGCCGGCGGGGCCCACGCCCGGCGAGAAGAGGAGGCACAGGGGCGGGCCUCCGGCCCCCGCAAAGGCACUCUCCGGUCCUGAGCCCACGAAGGACAAUGUGGAGGACAGGAGCCCCGAGCACUUGGCCCUCGUCCCCCUGACUCACAGCCAGGGCCCCAAGCACGACAGCAGCAGUGGUGGCAGGACUAGUGGCUGUCGCCGGGCCGUGGUGGUGCAGGAGGACCCUGGGAAAGACAAACUUCAGGUGCCUUUGAGAGACACCAAGCUGCUCUCCCCGCUCAGGGACGCUCCUGCCCUGCAAAGCUUGGUGGUGAAGAUAACCCUCGACCUCCUCUCUUGGGUCCCCCAGCCACCUGGGAAGGGGAGUCGCCAAAAGAAACCAGAGGACAAGCAGCCACCGGCAGGGAAGAAGCUGGAUUCUGAGAAGAGAAGCUCUGACAACUCAAGCAAGUUGGCCAAAAAGAGAAGGGGUGAAGCAGAGAGAGACCAUGAUAGCAAGAAAGUCAGACUGGAGAAAGAGGUUAAAUCACAGUCAUCAUCCUCCUCCCACAAAGAAGCUUCUAAGACGAAAACACCCAGGCCCUCGGAGCCCUCGAAGAAGGAAAUGCUUCCCCCCACACCUGUGUCAUCCUCGUCCUCAUCCUCCCAGAAGCCAGCCAAGCCCGCACAAAAGAGGCCACGGCGGGAAGCACAUGCCUGUAGCCAGGACUCUCCCCAAAGUGCCAGUGGUGCCAAGGGCGGCCAUAAGGACUCCCCCGCCCCCAAGCGCAGGAAAGCCGAGGGGAAGGGCUCCGGAAGCGCCACAGAACACAAGGGAUCCUCUGGAGAUACCACAAAUCCUUUUCCAGUGCCUUCUUUGCCAAAUGGUAACUCGAAACCAGGGAAGCCUCCCGGGAAGCUGGACAAACAAGCAGAUCUCCACAUGAAGGAGGCAAAAAAGUUGAAGCAAAAAGCGGAGUUAAUGACGGACAAAGUUGGGAAGGCUUUUAAGUAUUUGGAAGCCGUCUUGUCCUUCAUUGAGUGUGGGAUUGCCAUGGAGUCUGAAAGCCCAGUGUCCAAGUCCACUUCCAAGUCGGCCUUCUCGGUGUACUCUGAAACCGAAGACCUCAUUAAAUCCAUCAUGUCAUUAAAAUCCUUCUCAGACCCCACAGCACCAACACAAGAGAAAAUAUUUGCUGUUUUAUGCAUGCGUUGUCAGUCCAUUUUGAACAUGGCAAUGUUUCGUUGUAAAAAGGAGAGAGCAAUAAAGUAUUCUCGUGCUCUUAAUGAUCACUUCCAGAGUUCUCCCAAAGUUACCCAGGCACCUUCUCCAUGCAUUGCAAGAAGCACAGGCGCACCGUCCCCUCGCUCUCCGAUGCCUUCUGUCGGCUCCGUGGGCUCCCAGGCUGGCGCUGGCAGUGUGGGGGGCAGCGGCAUCCCCGCCAGCAUCCAGAACAUGACGUCUUCCUACAUCACCAUCACUUCGCACAUCUUUGCCGCCGUCGACCUGUGGGAACAGGCCGAGGUCCUCACGAGGAAGAAUAAAGAGUUUUUUGCUCAGCUCAGCACAAGCGUGUGCACCUUGGCCCUCAACAGCAGCUUGGCGGACCUGGUGCACUACACGAGGCAGGGUUUCCAGUGGCUGAAACAAGGAAGCAGAGCGCCCUAA